AUGAAAACUGUUUACACAUUUUUUUCAUAUUUAUUAUUUAGGUUUUUUAUUCAAAAGACUAUCUGUUUAGAAUUAAAUAUCGGUAAAAUCGCAGACUAUUCCAGCGGAUCUAGUCAGGUUACCGUAAAAAAAACGACAGAGUUACAAAAUUUAUAUACACAUAAGUUUUCCAAUCCAGUUUUAUUAAAAGACAUAUAUAAUGGAAAGGAAAGACUGUAUUUCGACCCGCUUCUUGUGAGCGACCAGCUGCUGCUGUCAGCAUCUGUCGUAUGGUCGUUUGAAACUCCUUCCAUUAUUCAAUUAAAUUUAGAACAAUCUUCUGUUUUACUUAUAAAUGAAAAGGAAUCAUUAGAUGUUCAGGCUAUUUUUUCUAAAAAAUUAGUUACAAACAUAAAGCCCAGAAUCCAUUCAGAUAUUGAUGCAAUUGUUGAUAUAGAUUUGUCUAAUAUUGCUGAUUAUGACAGUAAUAAUUCUAAAGUUUAUGUUACAAAUCUGAAAUUUUCAGAAGAUAGGUUUAAAAGGUACACAUUAAGAAAUUAUAACUUGGAGUCAACAAGAUUAGGGAAAAUAUUGUAUAAUAAUACAGAAUUGAAAACUAAAUUUGAAAAUGAUGUUAAAAGGUCUACUGAGUCAAAUUUGGACAUUCCAUACAAAAACAAUGUAUAUUCAAUACUGGUUUAUUCAUAUAACGAUUUUCCUCUUUUAAUAGAAUUUUUGUACACAUUUGACAAAAGACAAUUUUAUGGCUACACACCUGAGGAAAAAUGGCAUCACGUUUACUUUCCAGCUUUUCACGAUCCUUCCUUUUUAGAUUUCUUGUAUGAUAAACUCAAUUAUUACGCUUGCAAGAAUGGGUUCAAGUAUACAAUUAACGUGGCGCUGGUCACUACCGAAUCCGAUCACGCAUACAAUAUUGAUAACUACUGCGUGGAAUCGGACAUAGUAGAGACUACCCAAAACAGCCUGAAGGCUAGUUUUUUCCAAAACGACAAGUUCAAAACCGCUGGAUACGGGUGUGUAGAGCACACCGCAUCCAAUGGAAAAAAGUUUUUCGUGGACCAUCUGAUGCAUAAUUCAACUGUAAUACAGUUGAAGGACACACCAAAGGUCAUAAAAAGUGUUAGAGUCUAUCAACAUCUCAAUCACGAGCCUUAUUUGAUGGUUUUCGUUGACUAUUUGAACAAGCUCUAUCAUUACAAAUUCCAAAAUGGAGAGUGGAAGGACGGUGAUAAUAUUAUAUUACUACUGGAUAAAACGAGCCUAUACGAAAAGAGCCUUGUUACAUCAGUUCUUGCAUCAGCAACUCCUUCAACAUUAUCUGAAUCCAAUUACGAACAUCAGCCAAAUGAAGUUAAUGUGCUCCUUGAAAAUUCCACACCUCUUCAAUCAUCUGGAUUUAAAUGCUAUUCUCAUUCAAUUCAACCUAACGGAUCUUCAGAAAGUUUACAAUUAAGAGUAUUAGUUCCCACCAGUGCCGAGGCAGGGAAAUACACUGAGAUCUCAUUUUACAAUGACGACAAAACCAAAAGGGAUUUCAUUUACUAUCUAAAAGCUUCUGGCAACGAUAACAAUAAUAAACUAUAUACCUAUUACUCAGCUCCCGGAAAUCAACUUGAUGCUAGACCCAUGUUACUAUGCUACGGAGGUGAGGCCUAUAGACCACACAGCUUGGAUAAAUAUUUUGAGGAAUGGGUCCGUGUUAGUUCUAUUUCUCACUGCGAGGCUCUAGUUUCGGGAAGUGAAGUCAAUAAGUUGAUUGAAACUCUCGUUCAAGUCAGCGAGUUGCUAAACCCAGUAAAUAUAAAGCUUUCUGGCCAAGCUCCAUAUACAGUACACACAUUCAAUGGAACCCCCGUACAGAAUGUGGUUAGCAAAACGGCCGGCACAUCAGUUACUGGCUGCAAAUUCUGCUAUGAUAAAUAUGUUCACACUGCUAAACAGGGGUACAGACUAGGAAAUGUGUCCUACGAUGCAAGUUGCAUCAAAUUUGGUACCAAUGAACGUGACGCAAAGUGCAUAUCUGCAACCAUAGCUGUAAAUCCUUACACCACCGCCUCCGAGGUGGUGACCUACUACUUCAAAGAUGAUGCUGAUUUCAGCGUGCCACUGUUGGUUGCUGUCAAAAACGACAAUAGUUAUCGGCCAUAUUACAUAUUGAAGUCAAAUACGGGCCCAGCCAAGCUUUAUCAAAAGGUCGAUGAACAAAUUGACCUUGCCAAUUUUGAAGCACUCGGUGAAAAACUGAAUCAGAUACGUUAUGAUUGCCGCGUUAGAUGGGAAUAUUACUAUCAUAAAAAGUACGAGAAAGGAUUAUUUUGGCAAGUAUUAGAUUAUACUUCCUCCAGAGAGUUGAUAAAAGAGUUCAGCAAGGAACAGGCUCACAGUGAAUUGACAGAUAAAAACAACGAACUCCUCAUCAAACUAUUGCGCACUCUUGAAUCAAAGCAUUGCGACCCAGAGCGCAACAUACAGGUCAACAUUGACUAUGCCAAGUGGGUAGAGGUUGAGGACUUGUCAGUCGAUGAUGAGGCCAUGAAAUACAUAACAGAUCCUUUCAGGAUAAUAGUUAUGGAUAACGUUCCAUACCCAAUUGACACAUUUAAAAAGGACCGAGAAACUGAAAAACAUAGAACACUCAAUAAAAUUGAGUUUGACACCGAUUAUCAUAGAAGCUACUAUCAUAUGAAAUGGGAUUAUGCUAGAAAUGCUAAGGAUAACGUUUUAUACGCUCAAACAAACCCUGGCUAUGCAUUUAACAGGCUGAAACACCACAGAUAUGAUCUAUACACAUUCCCAGCGGGCGUAUACCCUCAUAGAGUCGAGUGGUAUAUGAGAGAAGCAAAUACAUACGACAUUGUAAUACUCGUGUUCACUAACACACUGUUUGUGUACAAGUUCAGAAUAAUAAAUACAAGUAGAACAUGGAACAACGAUACCUUUAAAUAUUGUCUUUCUAGAUACGACUAUUUUUUUGUAGGAGUAGAGCCAGUAGUUCCCAAUAAUCGCCAAGAGGAAUAUUCAAGAUAUUGUGAACGGAUCAAGUUCAUUAACAAGCUCGACUUCGAUUCAUCAGUGCCGACUAGGCCGAGAAAAAGCAGAGAAGCUUCAAACUACCUCCACGAAUAA